CAGGAGGAUCCCCCGGCCGGAGUGCGCGGAGCCCCCUCGGAUAACAACAUCAUGGUGUGGAAUGCCGUCAUCUUUGGGCCAGAGGGAACCCCGUUUGAGGAUGGAACAUUCAAGCUUACCAUAGAGUUCACGGAAGAAUAUCCAAACAAGCCUCCCACUGUCAGAUUUGUGUCUAAGAUGUUUCAUCCGAAUGUCUAUGCAGAUGGUAGUAUAUGUCUGGAUAUCCUUCAAAACCGUUGGAGCCCUACCUACGAUGUGUCAUCCAUCUUAACCUCCAUACAGUCUUUACUGGAUGAGCCUAACCCAAACAGCCCGGCAAACAGCCAAGCGGCUCAGCUAUACCAGGAGAAUAAGCGGGAAUACGAAAAGCGAGUUUCUGCCAUAGUAGAACAGAGCUGGCGUGACUGUUGACCUUGGCUGAUGCAAAUGAACACUCUGAUGAGGAAAAUAUAUGUAUGAAGUGUCUGAGUCCACCAUCACCACCACCACCUCCUCCUCUUCUUCCUCCUCCUCCUCCUCGCAUCACUGCAUUUACUCGGAAAGCAAAACUUAGCUGCCUGUGCCGUUGCCAACUUCCCUCGCUGGAUCUUUCUUUUUUUCUCUUUGGACAUCAGAAAAAAAAAAAACCAACCCACCACCCACCCCUAUCCUUUCUCCCUCCGCCUUCUCCCCUUGAGGUCAAAUGUACUGUACUUGGGUUACUUGUUAAAAGAAUGACUGGGGCUGGAUUUCCACUUCCUGUGGGGUUGGGGGGGUGGGUGUCUACCAUCGCCAGUCUUAGGGGCAGUAUUGUGCUUUUUUUCUCCCUUCCCCUCCCCCCUUGUAGUGUACACUUAAGCUUUUAAUUGUAAUUGUGUUAUACACAGUGCCGCUUACGUGUAUCUUGAUUCAAAAGAGAGAGAACGCAAAAAAAAAAAGGAUGUUUAUAUACAAUAUACAUUUUUAACUAUGACUUGAGUUGCUAAUCUGUCCGAAGCUGAUCAUUUAACCGCUGGUUUCAACGUCACGACAUCUGUGAG